CCGACUGCCACCACCGUAGUUGUAGUAGAUUUUUUAUGAGUUUUCUACUAUUUUCAUCAUAAUCGAUCAAUGUAUUAAUGAAAUUUUAGUUCAUAAUGUCCAUCUAGUGUCUUUGUGUUCGUCAACCUUCGCUUUCAUCGAUAUUAUUGCGAGUUUCGGCAGUGUGAUACUUCCACCCGUGUGACCACGCUCGGAGCGUUUUGUUUGUUUACGUGUUUCAAAUUUUAUCAGAGAACUUACAUUUUUGUGAUUAUUCUCCUGCAUUUCGAGUUUGCAUUACUGUCAUCUCAUUAAAUAUUUUCAGUUUUUAUUUAACAUCAGACCAGUGUAUUAGCCGUCAAGAAAUCAUUAUACUUAUCGAGGAAAUCGGUUGUGGAAUGUUGACACAGCUCAGGACAAGAAUGUUCGUUUUCACCCCAAUUAUGAAUUAAAAGUACGAAUGUUUCACAUCUAUCAAUGAGAUUCUCAGUUGACUUCAAAUAAUUAUCAGGUUUUUUCGCUGUCAUGUGACCAAUGCUGAAUUUUUUUCCCUCCUUCACGAAUGGAUACCAAUGCCCCCUCAAACAAUAUUGACACUAUUUAUCAAAGAGCCCCCUCCUGAUAACAAGAAAUGUGUAAAUUCAAUCCGAACUUGUGGUGCGUUUUGGUGCUUUAUGCUGUUCUCAGUUGUUUCUCAAAAUGCAGUGGCUAUCUAGUAAUCAUCACCAACUCCAAUCAACCAGGCACCGUCAUAUUCGAAGCCGGAUUUUCGGGUGCUGGAAGUGGGCAUCGAGAGUACUCGCUGAAUCCACACCGCAAUGGAUACUUUGUGCAAAAGUUGUUUUAUGUUGAUCCCUCCUCCGGAAGUGUAAUUCUAGUCAAGCAUAUUGAUUGCUCUAGCAUCGAAUACCCUAGUUUGUUCACGUUGUAUGUAGAUUCUACAUCAAACACAACAUUGGAAUAUCUAUCUGUUCCACUGCGGAUAUUGGUGAAAGACUGUGAUGAUAAGUCAGAAUUCAAUGAUGCUGAUGCACGAGCAUUCAUUAAAUUAUCAGAAGCAAAAGAGUGGUUUAGUGAAACACUAGCAUCGUUUGUGAUUCCUGGUAGCAGUUUUGAGCCAGGACUAUUGGCCUCCCCACCAGCAGAAAUCUGCCUGAAGCAAAGUCAGUUGCUUACGAACGUUGGAUCAGCCCUGAUUCCUGCUUCCAUAUCCCAGCGAUGCAGAAUCAAGUACAUCGAUGUGAGCGAUCAAAGAUUUAAGUUCGAAGAAAGCAUUGGAGACCUUGUCGCUGCACAAGAUGUUUGCAUACCAGCUGAGCCAUCUUGGGAUGUUAGACUCCUUUUUCAAUACACUUGCGAUGGAAUUUUUGAUAUUGUGUCUCCCAGUGAACACCAUAUUAAGAUCGUAUUCUGGUACAGAAGAGACUUCAAUGACACCAAUCGAGUGCGCCGAGAUACGCGUCAACCAGGACCACAAUUUGAACGCGCGCUGUACGUUGCAUCCAUAAGUGAAGAGCAGCCCCCGGGCUUGUCUGUCUGCUCUGUCGUUGCUCGAGAUGUAGAAGGCAGUAGUUCUACGUACUCCAUGGUCUCCCUCCUAGACGCAAGGACACAGUCUUUGUUUAGUAUUGAUACCAAAUCUGGUCUAGUCUCUACAGCUGCAACGUUAGACAGGGAAGUCUUGGACGUCCACUAUUUUCGAGUAAUAGCAACAGAUUCGGCGUUUCCGCCACGGUCCUCUACCACCACUCUUCAGAUCAACGUUUUGGAUGCAAAUGACCAUGCCCCUGUGUUUGAGGCUCCCAAUGCUGAGUAUGAGGCUUCCAUUCGUGAGUCUAUUCCUAUUGGCUCCUCCGUGGUGACAGUUCGUGCAACGGACAAGGACAUUGGUCACAAUGCAGAGAUAGAGUAUUCCAUCCAAAGCAUCAAUAGUGGAGGUCUUGUUGCAUCAGAACCGGGCUCUGAACCAUUCUCUCUUGACGGCAAGUCUGGUGUUCUGAUAACACGACUCACUCUUGAUCGAGAAACCACAGAAGUUUUCACUAUUAUUGUUAUAGCAACAGAUCAAGCUUUGCCAGCCUCAGAUCGAAAAUCCUCCACCGCCACAGUUGUUGUUCACGUAUUAGAUGACAAUGACAACUACCCGCAGUUUUUGGAAAAAGCAUAUUCAGUCAGUGUAGAUGAAGAUACUAACUUUGCUCAGUCACCGGUCAUCGCAACAAUUAAAGCCAUCGAUAUAGAUGAGGGUCAGAAUGCAGCUAUUCGUUAUGCAAUCAUCGGUGGCAAUACCCAAGGACAGUUUUCAAUCGACAGUCAAUCAGGAGAAGUCACACUUGUGAAAAGCUUAGACUAUGAAGCUUUGCGGAACUAUAGACUCAUAAUCCGCGCUCAAGACGGAGGUAGCCCUAGCCGAUCAAAUACAACGUCUCUACUGAUCAACGUGAAAGAUGUCAAUGAUAAUGCCCCGAGAUUCUACACCACUCUCUUUCAAGAGACAGUUUCUGAAGCUGUACCUGUUGGGUAUAGUAUCGUACAAGUGCAAGCUUAUGAUGCUGAUGAAGGUGAUAAUUCUCUUAUCAAGUAUAGUCUGUCACCGCGUGACUUGGCAGGCUCACCAGCGAAUGAAUUGCCAAUAUCAAUCGAUGAGACUAGUGGGUGGAUUGUGACAUCAAAAGAAUUAGACAGAGAAGUAAACAACAAGUUUCAGUUCCAAGUUCUAGCAACAGACCAUGGGUCGCCUCAAAAAACCGCUACCGCAAGUGUUGUCUUUUUAGUACAAGAUGUCAAUGACAAUGAUCCUACAUUCAAUCCAAAACAGUAUGAAGCAGUUGUAGGAGAAGAUGACCCUCCUGGAACUCCCGUGACAAGUGUCUCGGCAACAGAUCCUGAUGAAAACCCUCGCCUUCACUAUGAGCUAUCUGGUGGAAACACACGCAGUAGAUUUAUGAUCACAACCCAGAAUGGCCGUGGACUUAUCACCAUCGCUCAGCCAUUGGAUUACAAGCAAGAAAAGCGAUUCAUCAUCACCGUCAAAGCUACCGACUCGGAUGGCAGGUUUGAUACUGCCACAGUGUAUGUCAAUGUCUCAGAUGCCAAUAACUUUGCCCCAACCUUUGACAACCCCCCUUACUCUGCAAGUGUGUAUGAAGAUGCACCAGUUGGCUCCACGGUUUUAGUUGUCACGGCUACUGACAAUGAUGUUGGGCAAAAUGCACUAAUUACAUACUCUCUUGCUGCAGGCAAUGCGCCAGAAUUCACCAUUAAUUCACAGACAGGAGCAAUUAUUACAACUAAACCACUAGACAGAGAAACAACAGGGGGCUAUCUUCUAACUGUCACAGCGAAAGAUGGUGGGGUUCCUCCGCAAUCUGACACAACAGAUGUGGAGAUCACAGUUUCAGAUGUCAAUGAUAACAAGCCAUUAUUCUCAAAGCCAGCAUAUACUGGAUCAGUAUCAGAAGAUGCAUUAGUUGGAACAAGCGUUAUUCAUGUGAUAGCAACAGAUGUAGAUUUUGGACUAAAUGGACGAAUACGUUAUGCUCUAGGCAAUGAUACUGAAGCCUUUGUCAUUGACCCAGCAUCGGGUGUCAUCAGAACCGCCAAACCUUUAGAUCGUGAAAGUGUGGCCCAGUACGAAAUAGAAGCAUUGGCGAUCGACCGUGGAACACCGCCAUUAACAGGAACAGCCAUGGUUACCGUCAAAAUAGAAGAUGUUAAUGACUCACCUCCAGCAUUUGAGUCAGAUAAACUAACAUUGUAUAUCCCAGAAAAUUCACCAAUAAGCUCGACAGUGGGCGAAAUCUAUGCGAAAGAUCCAGAUGAAGGGCCUAAUGCAGUUGUGCAAUAUUCUGUCAUUGGUGGUGAAGAUUCGAACAGUUUUUCGUUAGUGAGGAGGCCUGGCUCUGACAAAGCUGACCUUUUAACGAUGGUUGACUUAGAUUAUGAGAGUGCCAAGAAACGUUACGAACUUAUAAUCCGCGCUGCCUCUCCUCCAUUGAGAAGUGAUGUGCAUGUAGAAAUCAUUGUCACAGACGUCAAUGAUAAUGCCCCUAGAUUGAAAGACUUUUUAAUUAUAUUCAACAAUUUCCGAGAUUGUUUUCCAUCAGGCGUGUUUGGUAAAAUUCCUGCCUUUGACGCUGAUAUCUCGGACAAGUUGACUUUCAGAAUUAUCUCUGGGAACAAUGCAAACUUAGUGAAUUUAAAUGAAAGCACCGGACACUUAAGUUUGUCACCGCAGCUCAAUACAAACGUUCCGAAAGUUGCGAACAUGGAAGUAUCAGUUUCAGAUGGAAUCAAUGAAGUGAAAGCUUCAAUGCAGUUGAUGGUACGGUUAGUCACAGAUGAAAUGUUGUUCAGUUCGAUUACAGUUCGUUUAGCUGACAUGACAGAGGAAGCCUUCCUGUCCCCUCUCUUCAACUUUUUUGUAGAAGGCUUAGCUGCUAUAAUUCCAUGCCCAAAAGAAAACGUCUUUAUCUUCAGCAUCCAAGGCGACACUGAUGUCAGCUCAAAAAUUCUCAAUGUUAGCUUUUCAGCAAAAAAAGCAGACGGAAGUUUCUACACUCCACAAUUCCUGCAGGAGAGAGUUUACUUGAACCGUGCGGUUUUAACACGAUUAGCAACUGUGCAAGUUUUACCUUUUGAUGACAAUCUCUGCGUCCGAGAGCCAUGUUUGAACUAUGAAGAGUGUUUGACAGUCCUAAAGUUUGGUAAUGCAUCAGGCUUCAUUUCGAGUGACUCUGUUUUAUUCAGGCCAAUCUAUCCUGUCUCAACUUUUUCCUGUCACUGCCCAAAAGGGUUCACAGGCAGCAGAGAACAUUAUUUAUGUGAUACAGAGGUAAAUUUGUGUUACUCAGACCCAUGCCUGAAUGGAGGCGAAUGCAAACGGAAGGAAAGUGGGUACUCAUGCAUUUGUUUGCCCGGUUUUGCUGGUGACAACUGUGAAAUUGACUUGUCCAAAGAUACAUGUAAACCUAAUGUCUGUCAGUCUGAUUCUUCAUGUACUCCACUGCCGCAAGGUGGAUUUUCAUGCAACAACUGUGCAUCAGGAACAACAUUUGAGUAUCACAACAACUUGUGUCAACUGCGUGGUCGCAGCUUCCCUAAACACUCAUUCCUCACGUUUCCUUCACUGAAACAACGCCAUCGUUUGUACCUGAAACUUAAAUUCGCCACUUUGGAAAGUUCUGGAUUAUUGUUGUACAAUGGUCGCUACAACGAAAAGCAUGACUUCAUUGCCCUGGAGUUGAUAGAUAACGCCCGCUCCUUACAGUUCUCUUUUUCACUUGGUUCAAGCACAACACGCGUCAUUGCAACGUCACCUACUGAACUUAAUGACGGCAACUGGCACACUGUCACAGUAGAGUAUGUUAAUAAAAGUGCAGUUCUAAGUAUUGAUGAUUGUGAUGUAGCCCUGUCCAUCAAACACGGUUCUCAGUUAGGACUACACUGUGCUAACAUUUCAACUCAAGUUUUGGAAGACCGUUGUGCCCUAUUCACAGAGACUUGUUAUCGUUUUCUUGACCUGACAGGCCCGCUCCAAAUUGGGGGUCUCCCUUCCCUUCCUUCCUCCACCAGUUUCCAAGUUCAAUACACAGAUUUUGUUGGCUGCAUUUCGGAUGUUUUCAUAGAUCACAAACUUCUUGACCUGAACACGUAUGUUGCUGACAAUGGAACACUCAUCGGGUGUGCAGAGAGGAAGUCUUUCUGUUCAUCUCAGCCAUGUCAAAAUGGAGGCACAUGUUUCGAUGACUGGGGGAGCUAUAAAUGUGAGUGUGCAGAGGGAUGGAGUGGUAAAGACUGCAGUCAGAAUAUUGAACCUGCCUGGCGAUUUAAAGGAAACGGUGUACUUUCGUUCAACCCUCUCUUGAGAUUGAUUCAGCUACCAUGGUUGAUUGGAAUGUCGGUACGAACGCUUCAGUCAGAUGCCUUCCUCAUCAGUAUCCAGGUCGGUCAAAAUAGCUCAGCAACGAUCUCUUUGGAAAGUGGCUACAUUGUUUUCGCAUUUGAUGGACAGACAGCAGCUCUUGGAACAGCGCGUAUCAACGAUGGUGCAUGGCACCGCGUCGAAAUCAUGUGGCAAAGUGGUGGUCAAGUGAGAAUUGCGUUGGAUUAUGGCAAGCGCCACACUGUCAAGACUAUAAAUGCAAAAAUUCAAGGCAUGUAUGUCGGAAAGAUCAUCAUUGGUGGUUAUGAAGAUGAACAGAAUUCAGUGACAAAACCCCCUGCCUUCAAUGGGUGCGUUCAGGAUGUGCGAGUUGGCAGUUCACAAAAGAUAGCCCAGCAAGCGACUAUGAAAAUAAAUGUGGAAGACGGUUGCUACGAGGGUGAUGAGUGCACAGUAAACAGCAAUCGCUGCCCUGUGCACAGCGAGUGCGAAUCUGAUUGGGAGCAGUACAGCUGUAAGUGUCAUUCUGGUUACAUUGGAACGUCGUGUACGAAUGUUUGUGAAUUGAAUCCGUGCUCCAAUGGAGCAGCAUGCGUUUCUGCUGACAAGCCACGUGGUUAUAGCUGCUUAUGCGCAUCAAGUAAAUAUUCUGGGGAGUAUUGUGAUGACAAAAUUGAUGAGACUUGCCCGGUCAGUUGGUGGGGGCAUCCAGUCUGUGGACCUUGCAACUGUCCUGUUGACAAGGGCUACAACCCUGAUUGCAAUAAGACUAACGGCGAAUGUUACUGUAAGGAAAAUCAUUACCAGCCAGAUGGCUCAGACCAAUGUCUAGACUGCAACUGUUACUCCGUCGGCUCUUUUGGCCUUGAUUGCAACACCCAGACUGGCCAGUGCCAUUGCCGUGCCGGUGUAAUUGGGCGCAGGUGUGAUGCAUGCCCAAAUGCCUAUGCUGAAGUCACACUGCGAGGUUGUGAAGUAGUCUAUGACGGAUGCCCAAGAAAUUUUGCUGGUGGACUUUGGUGGCCGCGCACUAAAUUUGGAGAUGUAAGUGUGGAAAACUGUCCGUCAGGUUCACAUGGAACAACCACACGGUCAUGCGAUGAUUUCCUUGGUGGUUGGCAGAAUCCAGAUCUCUUCAACUGUACGUCAACUGCAUUCCUGCAUGUUAAAUCUGUUCUGAGUCAACUUGAACGAAAUGAGCUUAGUAUCACGACUUUUGUGGCCAUCGAGACAUCCAACACGCUCCGUCGUGCAGCAAAUGAAACGCCGUCGUUGUACGGCUCAGACGUAUUGCUUGGGAAACUAAUGAUCGAAAAACUUCUUGCAUAUGAAACAUCGUUAUCUGGUUUGAAUCUGACACAUAGCCAAGAUAAAGAUUACAUCGAGAACAUCCUGAUAGCUCUCAGUAGGUUUGUCAACACAGAUGUCACUGACCAGUGGAUCAAACUUGAAGAAAAGAAGCAAAACUUGGGGAUGAUAAUAAAAGCUCUGUUGAACUACCUUAUAAAUCUUGCCAAAAACCAAAAAGAUACCUACACUGAUCCAUUUGAGAUCGUAACACCAAAUGUAGCCCUUGGUUUAGAUGUUGUAUCGUCUGAAAGUUUAUACGGUUACGAAACAGAAGGAACGUUUAUAGAUAAUGACAUUCAACUGCUGGCUAAACAGUCAGAACGCGGAGUAUUACCAAAUACGCCCCUCGUUUUACAACCUCAAUUUGCCAGUCUGAAAUCAGGAUCAAAUAAUAUUUUAGGCCUCACUAACUCUCAUUUCAUGCCAACAGUUAUUUUUCCCAAGUACAACAACUAUCUUCAGAACAAAGAGAAGUUUGACCCUCACUCUCAGAUCAUGAUCCCAAUGGAUCUGCUUGGCAUCAAAGAUCCAUCGCAAGUAGAACUCACUCAGCACGACUUCUUAAGAGACCGGCAAGCAGUUGUUGGUUAUGCCCAGUACAAGACUGUUGGACACCUACUUUCUAAACGGUAUGAUGAAACGGUAGUCAAGCGGUGGGGCGUAGACCUGUUGAUUGGUUCACCAGUAGUAUCAGUGGUUGUUAUAGCCAAUGAUCCUGACACUGAUGAAAUUGUGACAUUAAAUAACAAAGUACCAUUGACAGCGCCAGUCAGGUUGCGGCUCUGGCUUAAUGAACCCAUGGUCUCUUCUCGAUCCAAUCCUCAGUGUGUAAGAUGGACUGCAGAUAAUGAGUGGACCCGAGCAGGCUGUCACACAGAGCUUCCAGAAAGCAACUGGUGGAGGUCUUCAGAACCAAUUCUCAUCAACUGUACGUGUAAUCAGUUGUCAACACACGCCUUGCUGGUUGAUAUGAUUGAUCCAGAGUUUGUCCUUGAGACCUCACCUCUUGAAGAUGCUGUGACAUGGCUUGGAUUUGCGCUGACAAUUAUCGCUCUGACGUUUUCAUCCAUGGUCCUGUCUCUAUUGAAGGCGCGUACGAAUUCGAGCUCAAUAUUUACGAACCAAGCCUUCUGUUUGCUGAUAACACAGACCAUCUUCCUCCUGUUAUUGAAAGGACGUGCAGAAAUGGUUGCUAAUGAGAUCCUGUGUAAAUUGAGUGCCAUCAGCUUGCACUACUCUUGGCUAUGUGUUUUUUCAUGGUCGUUAGUUGGAUCACUGCAUUUGUAUCGCAUGUUGACUGAAAUGCGAGAUGUCAACCAUGGACAGAUGGGUUUCUAUUACUCACUAGGUUACUGCCUCCCAGCAAUUGUAGUUGCUCUAGCAGUCGGAGUCCGCAUAGAUCAAUAUGGAAACUACUUCUUUUGUUGGUUGUCUCUAUACGAAUCAGUUGUCUGGAGCUUGAUUGGACCGGUUUGUCUUGUAAUAUCAAUCAACAUCAUUGUAUUGCUUCUAUCAUUGCGUGCUGCGUUCACACUUAAAGAUCACAUAGCUGGCUAUGGGAACCUUAGAACCGUACUGUGGUUGAGCGUUGUUCACCUGCCCCUUCUGACCAUAGUCUGGAUACUAGAGCUAUUCUCAGCGUCCGAGCGGGAGCCGAUUUUCUGCUACCUUUUAGCUCUGGCAUCAGCAGUCCAAUCAUGGUUCAUGCUGUGUGGCUUCUGCUUUGGCAACUCCCGCAUCAGGAUGGGGCUCCACCAUGCGGUGUUUCGCAUGUUAGGGAAAAAGGUUCCUCCAAUGCCGACAAUAAAUGAUAGUGUGGAUGUCGUGCAUGCACCAGUCAGCCCAUCGCUCAAUCCAGGGCGCUCAUCAUUAGCCUACCAUAACACUGGAGUAAAUAGUUUUGAGCCUGCAAGAAGGAAUUUUGGAAUUUCAAUCUCAAGCACAACUUCUAGAUCAACAACCAAAACCAACAGUAGCCCAUACAGGAGUGAUGCUCAGCUUCGCCAGACAUCAACCAGCACAAGCAACUACGAUCAGUCUGCUUCUGAUGUUCCAUCGCACUUUCAGAGGAGAAAAACACAACACACCUCCGACUCUGAUUCAGAGGCAUCAGAUGGUCGGAGUUUGGACUUGGCAUCAUCGCACAGCAGUGACGAUGAAGAAACCUCAACCAACAGGUCCCAGAAACGGACUGUGAGUGCCUCGCCGUUGCCUCCUAACAUCAAGGGAGAUUCAAAACGGUUAACAAGUGUUGAGCCUCCUCAACAUCUAAAUGUCAUCACUAACUCACAACUGUUUCCUAAUCUGAAGCCGGUUUAUCCAUCCCGGUGGGCUAGUCACUUAACCGAUACGUACAAUGCAGUGGAAGAAGAGCAAGAGCCAUCACAUGCACACCGCUGGCAAGGAAUGCUCGGAUCCACCAUCACAGACAACGAAGCCAACAUAGUCACUACAGCGCGAAUGACCUAUGAGCCAAAGCUGAUCAACUCAGACUCGAUUUUAGGUCACACGCAAGAUAUUUAUGAUGAGGAGUAUAAAAAGGCAGAACUGGGACAUAGGCUGUACUAUGAUCAAGACGUUACUCCUGGCUCUGAUGUUGAAGAGAACAAGUCCACGCUUGGAGACAAAUACUCAUUUCCCUAUACUGCCGAAGAGGACCACUGCCGUGGCUCGCCCAACUUCGUGAGCGAUCUUCAGAACUCGUACUCAAACAGUGCAACACUGCUGCACAAUCGAGAAUUCACGGAGUCGCCGUAUUCGCACCACAGUGCUGAAGCCAGCUACAUUCCGAGUAGUGGUGCUCGAGCGUCACCGUAUCAGAACCUCGAUCGAGCGCAGUACUCGCAUCUUGAGAGCCAUCCGCGGCAUGUUCAGAUGCAACACAGAUCAGAGCACCCCAUUGAAGAUAUUUCCGAAUCUGAAGAGGAGGAAAGAUACCAAUGAAACGCCUGUCUAGCAAAGAUAAUCCACUCUCCAAAGUGCUGUUACAACAUGGCGCUCCCUGGUAGAGAACCAGUACCUGAAUAUUGGUAAAAUUUUGUAAAAGUUUAACUUUUGGGCACAUUAUGCCCAGCCUGUAUAUUUGUAAAUUUUACCAAAAGCAGACAAAAAUCUCUGCUCUCUAUUGCCAUAUUUUAAAGCCAUAUAAGUUUUCAUUCUUUAGUUUGUAAAUCUUAUUUUUUUAGACCAAACUACACAAAUUUGCUCUCACUCCAACAUAAUAAGAGUGUGGAAUGGCUGUGAGACUCAGAAAAUUUAGGAAUUCCAGCGAUACUGUCAUCUACCUAAUUUUUGAAGCUAUUUGUUCACCUAAUUAAUUUGGUGUAUUGAUCAAAAAAUAAAAAUUUGUGCAGUUUGGCCUUGGCUUUUCAAUAGCUCAACUGAAGCCAAUUCAGUCAAAACCGCAUUUAUUUUUUUGUUAGCUAUUCAAUUUUAAUAACAUUUUAGCCAAUUUUUUUUUGUUUUUAAAAAUCCUUCCUUCAGUGUCUGUGAAAAAUUACUGUUUUUUUCACAUGCAUUUAUUAUGAGUCAUUUGUUUUUAACUUCAAUGGGAAUUAUGCCUCAAACGAAACCAUUUAUACGCUAAUCCACCCUUAAGAAAGAAAUUUGUUUAGUGCUGAAAGCAUGAACUACCCGGCCUUGUAAAUGAUAUGUGUUUUUUUUUUUUCAAAUGAUUUCUAAGAAACAUAACAGGGGAUGAUCGAUGUUUGUUCUUUUUAUGUUGCACAAAUUAUGCAACUCUCAGUUUAGGCUGUGAAAAACCAUAAGCAUUUACUUUUUAUGGAUGAUUUUUUGUUUCUAUUAUGAUAAACAGUAACUGAAUGCCCACACUCUUUUUGUUUCAAAUGAAUUGAAAAGUGCGCUAUCCCAAGGACAUUCAUUGCCCCCCCCCCUCCCUCCCCGAGGGGCUUUUCAUGUGUAUAUGUAUGUACAAUCAAAUUAAUUUAUUUUACAAAGUGUGUAUUUAUUUCUUAUAUAUAACUUAUGACCAGGGCUCCCAUGGAGUUGUUGUAUUUUUAUUUGCUUUUUUAUUUUGGCCAAAAUGAUUUAAAACACAUUGUUACAAUCAUCAGAUUCAUGAUAUCAGUAUUAAAAAAUAUUGACUGAAAUUAGUUAGCCAUGGGUCUGUUUUUCAGAUGCCUGCCUAAAAGCUCAAAAAUAAUAGCGAAUUAGAAAUUUUGAAUUAUGUUCCUCGAUGAAACACUUAAAAUAGACGUUUCAUUCAUUAAUUCAGAGUCAAAUGUUUUCAGAGUUUAGCAGUUGAAGUAUAGAAGAAGGCUCGAAGCUUAGCUUUCAUUCUUAAUUGGCGCUUUUUGCCAAGUCCUACAAUAAUUACUCUGCCAAGUCAAAGAUAAUUUUAAUUCAAAAUUAAACAGAAGUAUUCUGUAAAAAUACGGUUAAAAGCGUUUUUGAAUUAAAAAAGUAUGCAUUUAGCUUUUAAACAUUUUUAUGCAGUAGCUGCAUCAAGUUCCUUUUUUGACAUGAAAUAAUUUAAAUCGUACUCUACUCUCAUUGUUCUGCCUGCUCCACCCCCCCCCCCCCAUCUUUUUUUUGGAAAAAAGUAAGACUGAUUUAUUCACUUUUCAAUGACUGUAUGUACUCAAAUGUUUUCAUACUAAUGGCUAGCGAAUUUAAAAAUGCUCAUCGUCCUUUUUAUUAACUCUAUAAUGUAUAAUUUUUUAAACUAACUGUGUCAGUUGCUUUGCACAGUUUUUGUCCAUUUUUUCUUUUAUAUCUUUUAUAUUUUGAUUGUUUGUAAUCAUGGUUGUACUGUAAGAUUAGUAUUUAUCUUAAAAGCCAUUGAGUAGAAACAGGAGAGAAAUGCAUUUCUUACAAGAAAUUUUCAAUAACAAAGAUCUAGAAAAAAGCAUGUAAAAUUGCCUUUGGCAAAACGUAAAAUAUAAUAACUCAUAAGACUUAUGGGAAUGAUUAUUAUUUGAUCUUUUGAAGAGUUGUAGUUUGCUACAGCAAUGCCACUCCAAUGCCCUGACCCUUCGAGGUUACAGGGUGCGGGAGGGACAUAGUCACCCAGUAAGUAAUCCGUCUGCACUGUUCGACUGGGUUGUGAAAAAUCGGUAAUCACUCGCAGUGUGCGCGACUGCCAGCGCUACCUAUCAGUGUAGAUUGCAUCAACACAGGUCCAACUCAGUGGAGGCAUGGCCGUGCUCCGAAAGUCCGUGCUCUGCAGCGUCUGCCACAGUCUUUGAUAAGACCUUCCGUUGGCUAUCAGGCGGCCGCUGAGCCUUGCGGAAAUAUAGAUGAUACUCAAUGUGUCAAUAGUACCAAGAUAUGUUAAGGAGUACGGUCCAACUUCGGGGUGCACGACGGCAGUUGCCAGUUGCCUUGGCCCCUUGAGGGCGCCUCGCCGGCCAGCCCGGCCUUACUUACUUACUUACUUACUUACUAGUUUGCUACAGCAGUUGAUUUUGUGUACUUAAUGCUUCUUAUUCUCAUAUUUUAUAGCAAUUAUAUUCUCCUUUAUCUGUCCUUUUCCAAGUACUUAAUUUUUUUUUGUUUUAUUUGAACAUCACAUUCCAACAGCUAAGCUAUAUUAUUCUUUGAUUUCUCUUUGGUACUGGUUAUUUUUUCCCCAUCUUUUAGAUAUUUUUGACAAAACAUUCCUUUUUAUUUUGUGAUAUUAUUUUUAUUUUUCUGUACUUAAUGUUUCUUGCCAUGUUAUUGCCCUUUUUCGUUUUUUCUUACUGUCAUCAAUCAAGUUAAGUUAAUAUGUGUGACCCUCAAAGUGAUCUGAAACAGCUUGUAAUUCUUUCACCCAACUUUAAGGUUGUCAGAAUUCAAAUUUAUUUCAUAAAAUGAUAUUUUUUCACCUGAAGUAUAAACGUGUUACACGUAAGUAGGAUUAAGAAUCCCUGCAAUUUACAGACUGCAAAUCCAGGGUGAAACAGCAGGAACACAAUACAUACUUCGUUCGCGAAGUUUCAAAAUCUCAACUUCCAUUUGAUUUUCUCAAAGAGAACAAACCAACUCUAUUGUCUUAAAUGUCCCUAAGAUAUUCUUAAAACAGAGAAACAAAAAUUAGAUAAGUUCUCUAAGCAAUGACGUUUAGUAUUUUUCUUUUUAAAAAAUAAAGAAAGAUAGGAAGUCUGCAAUGUUGCAAGUCGAGAUAUGUGCCGGCAGCUUCACUGUUCGUAAGUUUUGUGAGGAUGGAAAAAAAUAUUUUACAGCAAUUCUCUUUGAUAUUAUUUAGGCUCCUUAAUGUUUUACAACGAUGAUCUUGGAAAAGUUCAAUUUUAAAAUAACCCAAGAAAAAUCAGGAAUAAUGCCCCUCAUUUUUAUAUUAUCAGCAGAAGUUUCUCUACAAAUAAUUUUAUUAAAAAUUAAAGACAGAAUCUCAGGCAUUUAUUAGUUUUUUAUAUUUUAAAAGAAACAGUAUUUAAAUUUUUUUGUCUUUUUGCCCUUAUAUUUAUGUCGUAGCUGUUGUAUGGACCAAGUUGACAUUUUCUAAUUUGCCAUAAGUGCUAGAUGUUGAGCGAGUAAAAUUUAGAGUCCACAAGAUAAAGUAAAACUAUCAUGAAGGAUUAUCUGGCUAUGAAAAAAUUGGAAGUAUCCAAGUUUAAGGUGGGUCAACUUCAGGCAUGACUUUGAAGUCAGGCACCAUGGUUCUAUGUUGACAAGGUUUUACUGGCCAAUUGUGCAAGAGUUGUAAAAAUUGCAAAAUAUCCAGUAUUUUCCCAAACAAACUAAGAAUCCGUUACUGUGAUUGAAUUUCUGAUGAACUGUUUGUAAAUAAGUAUUUAUAACAAAAUAUCUGAUGUUUGUACUUUUUGCAUUCUAUUUUUUUGAGCUGAACGCUUUUUAAAGUGACAAAUGAUUUUAAAAUUUUUAACCCUCUAAAUUUUUUCGUAAGUAAAAAAGUAUUUUCUAUCUCUAAAGUUUUUUGCCUGUCUUUUUAUAAAAUUGCUUAUCUCAUUAAAAUAACGAAUUAGCUGCUUUUCAAGCAACCUACUCUUGAAAAUGUUUUCUUAUCCAUUCCCUGGAAACAUUUUAUAAUUUAUUUUAAAACGCCUUGUCUCAUGAAAAUGUCUAAACAAUUGUCAAUUGAAACAGUUUUGAAGUGCAAAUUGAAUCUAGGUAUUUAAAUUUUUAUUGCUUCAAUUUUAUUCUUAAGCCAAUGUACAAAAGGUGUUAAAAUGUUUACAAGAUUAACCUCCGCAAACUAUCCGUGUGUCAUUUCCUCUAUUUGUAUUAUUUCUCAUUUUUAGUUCCUUCAAAAUCUGUCCAUUAGUUCUAACAAAAUUCCCUAUUUAUUGAAGCAAAUGUUUGUUUUAUAUUUCUCUUGAUCCACUGUUCUAUACUUGUGUGCAAUAGUACCCUCCCGGUCCCUUUUUUUCCUGCUGUUUUGUGUUUUUUGCAUCUCAAGAUGAUGAAAAAACACUCAAACUUUUGCUGUCUAUGUAAAUAAUUUUCCAAUGACCUGAUGAAAGAAGAACCAAUUAUCUUUCCACUAUUGCCCCUGCACAGACUUCAAGUCAAUUUUAGCUAAUUUAAAAUCAUUCUCCUUUUUUGCAACUCUUGUUUGCAAAAUUAACUCUUCUUUUCAAAAGUAUUAUCUUGUGAUGAAGAAAUAAUUGAAUUUCCCACUGCAAUUUUUUUGAAGCCUCUAAUGUGAAAGUUAAGGAUGUGUUCGUCCUCACUUCAAUAAACCUUUAUAAUUAUUGUCAAUUACGUUUAGUAAGUCAAUACUCAUGGAAAAAAUGUUUGACCAUCAUCACAGUUUUCCUUUAAAAAAGGUGCGUUUCAACGCAGAAGCUCCACGUUUUUUUACAAUACAUUUUCUUUUUCUUUUUUAAUUGUUGAUACUCUAAUUAAUGAUCUUCAAUUUAUAUCGCGCUCAUCUGCAAUAUUUUGAUGAAAAUAAUACAAAGCAUUUAAAGCAUGACCUAUAUAAAUCGUAAGCAAGGUCGACAAACAAACUUUUAUUCUCUUACACAACCUGCCAGAUGAAUUGCCUUUGUACCUAAAAUUUCCGUUAGAACAAGUCAAAAGAUUGUAAAAGAUCGUUCUUAGUAACAUCACUCAUUAUGAUUUUGUUUUUUUCCUCCUUUGAUUUAGGUAUUUUCUUUAUGUUGUUGCGCCAUUUUGUGAUUUCGAAAUUUGCUCAUGUUGCCUUGUAUUUUGAAUAAAUUGUGUCUGUAUUUAUAAACAUGAA